AAAAGCUGCUGUUUGUUCGUUUACUUUUCGAGUGCAUACCUGUAUAUUCGAGGCAAAUUUUCAACAGAUUUUUAGUAUUUCCUAAAUUAAUAUCUAUUUUAUAAAUUUAUUCAGUAUCAAUUUUCGAUAAAUAUGGAUGCCAACAGCUCAGAAUCCGCCGGAACAUCGAAUCCAGAUCGCUCUUGGCUCACGUUGAGCGAUGUACUGAAAGGGCAAGAAGAACUCGAAGCUGAAAGCUAUGCUGUACUAGGUGGAUCCGACGAUAAAAAUUGCACAUAUUCUCGGGGUUACAUUGGACGCCAAGCUCUGUACGCCUGCAUGACUUGCAUGCCAGAAGCUAGAGUGGAAGAGCAGAAACGCACUGGUGUUUGCUUGGCCUGUUCUUAUCAAUGCCACGAGGGGCAUGACCUGAUCGAAUUGUACACAAAACGAAACUUCCGUUGCGACUGCGGAGGCAAACGUAUGCCAGAUGUGCGCUGCAAGCUGGACCCGCUCAAGUUGGAGGCCAAUACACUGAAUCAGUACAAUCAGAAUUUCAGUGGAAUUUACUGUACCUGUCACCGACCGUAUCCGGAUCCGGACGAUGAUGUGGAAGAUGAAAUGAUUCAGUGUGUGGUUUGUGAAGAUUGGUAUCACAGCAGACAUCUCGGAACGGAUGGAGUGCCAAGCUCUCCGAAAAGUUUUGCGGAGAUGAUCUGUGGAAGAUGCGUGCAAAGAGUUGUCAUUUUGCGUAAUUACGUGGGUAAGCUUGAAGAUGGAAAUCAAACUCAAUUGAAUGACACGACAUUGGUUGAUGUUACUGGGCUGGAUGAAUCGAACAUCGCCGAAGCAAGUAACAUCCAACAUGAUGAAAGUAAGGUCGAGGAUGAAGCUGUGGAUAAAGAAGAUGGUGGAAAUGACAGCAAGCGUUUGAAAUUAGAUAUCUGCACUAAGCCUCCAUUUGACGAAGCUGAUCCGGCUGCUUACAAGCAAGGCGCUACUUUUUGGAAAGAGGGCUGGAGGAAUUUCCUUUGUCGUUGUACGGAUUGUACGAGUAACUACAAGGACUUGAAGGUGGAGUUCCUUCUUGAUGAGAAGGACACAGUACAGUGGUACGAAGAGCAUGGUCGCCAGAAGCAACAAGAAGAAGAAAGAAACAAUGAUGAUCAAGCGCGUGAAGCGUUCAAUAGGAUGGGGCGCGUUCACCAAGUGGAGUACUUGACUGGUUAUAAUCAUAUGAAGGAACGGAUGCGGGAAUUUUUUGACACUUUUGUAGCUAGUCAGCAGGUGGUUACGGCGAAGGACGUUCAUGAAUUCUUCGACAAGCUGAAGGAAGAACGAUCAAAUGUUGAAGGAGCUCCCUCAAAUUUCUGUCGUUAAGUUUUUGUAUUCCAUCGAAUAAGUUCGAAUUUAAUGAAUACUUGAAAUAUUCAUUCGUAACAAUUGCAUUGUAUUUUAACGAUUUACGUUUAUUGGUUGAAUAAAACGAUAUACUCAUGAAAA